AGGGCCUGUGAGCGCAAGAGCUACAUGAAAAGGGAGCGCGCCCGCUGCCACCUCCCUCCUCCGGAGAGAAGCUGUAGUGAGGCUGUGCGAAGCUCCGCAUUUCAGAGGACCGGCCAAGGCGCAUCCCUGCACCAUCAGCUGAAGCUCAGACGCCUGCGCUCCCUCAACUGCUGCAAGCCAGCCCGGAGCCCGCCACUGCCCCGCAGCCCGACCGCGCCCAGCCCGGAGAGGACAGCACCAGGAGGCGGCCCUGCUCAAGGCCACAGAGACCCCCGACAGCGUCUCUCAGCAGAGGGAUUCAACGUGAACUGCGUCAUGUCCUUUGGCAGAGACAUGGAGCUGGAGCACUUUGAUGAGCGGGAUAAGGCUCAGAGAUACAGCAGAGGGUCACGGGUGAACGGGCUGCCCAGUCCCACACAUAGCGCCCACUGCAGCUUUUACAGAACCCGCACGCUGCAGACGCUCAGCUCCGAGAAGAAGGCCAAGAAAGUUCGUUUCUAUCGAAAUGGAGAUCGGUACUUUAAAGGGAUUGUGUAUGCCAUCUCCCCAGACCGGUUCCGAUCUUUUGAUGCCCUGCUGGCUGAUUUGACCCGAACUCUGUCGGAUAAUGUGAAUUUGCCCCAGGGAGUGAGAACAAUCUACACCAUUGAUGGGCUCAAGAAGAUUUCCAGCCUGGACCAACUGGUGGAAGGAGAGAGUUAUGUGUGUGGCUCAAUAGAGCCUUUCAAGAAACUGGAGUACACCAAGAACGUGAACCCAAACUGGUCUGUGAAUGUCAAAACCACCUCAGCAUCCCGGGCAGUGUCAUCACUGGCUACUGCCAAAGGGAGCCCUUCAGAGGUGCGGGAGAAUAAGGAUUUCAUUCGGCCCAAACUUGUCACCAUCAUCAGAAGUGGGGUGAAGCCACGGAAAGCUGUCCGGAUUCUGCUGAACAAGAAAACUGCUCAUUCCUUUGAGCAGGUUCUCACUGAUAUAACUGAUGCCAUCAAGCUGGACUCAGGAGUGGUGAAACGCCUGUACACCCUGGAUGGUAAACAGGUGAUGUGCCUUCAGGACUUUUUUGGUGACGAUGACAUUUUUAUUGCAUGUGGACCAGAGAAGUUCCGUUACCAGGAUGAUUUCUUGCUAGAUGAAAGUGAAUGUCGAGUUGUGAAGUCCACUUCUUACACCAAAAUAGCUUCGUCAUCCCGCAGGAGCACCAACAAGAGCCCAGGACCUUCCAGGCGCAGCAAGUCGCCAGCAUCAACCAGCUCAGUUAAUGGGACCCCUGGUAGUCAGCUCUCCACUCCACGGUCUGGCAAGUCACCAAGUCCAUCACCCACCAGCCCAGGAAGCCUGCGGAAGCAGAGGAGCUCUCAGCAUGGCGGUUCCUCUACUUCACUUGCGUCGACCAAAGUAUGCAGCUCGAUGGAUGAGAAUGAUGGAUCCGGAGAAGGUGAAGUGUCGGAGGAAGGCUUCCAGAUUCCAGCCACAAUAACGGAACGAUAUAAAGUUGGAAGGACAAUAGGAGAUGGAAACUUUGCUGUUGUCAAGGAAUGUGUAGAAAGGUCAACUGCUAGGGAGUAUGCUCUGAAAAUUAUCAAGAAAAGCAAAUGUCGAGGCAAAGAGCACAUGAUCCAGAGCGAGGUGUCUAUCUUAAGAAGAGUGAAGCAUCCCAAUAUUGUUCUUCUGAUUGAAGAGAUGGAUGUGCCAACUGAACUGUAUCUUGUUAUGGAAUUGGUAAAGGGAGGAGACCUCUUUGAUGCCAUUACUUCCACAAACAAAUACACUGAGCGAGACGCCAGUGGGAUGCUGUACAACCUGGCCAGUGCCAUCAAAUACCUGCAUAGCCUGAACAUCGUCCACCGUGAUAUCAAGCCCGAGAAUCUGCUGGUGUAUGAACACCAAGAUGGCAGCAAAUCACUGAAGCUGGGUGACUUUGGACUGGCUACCAUUGUGGAUGGUCCCCUGUACACAGUCUGUGGCACUCCAACAUAUGUGGCUCCAGAAAUCAUUGCAGAGACUGGAUAUGGCCUCAAGGUAGACAUCUGGGCAGCUGGUGUAAUCACGUAUAUCCUGCUAUGUGGCUUCCCUCCGUUUCGUGGAAGUGGUGAUGACCAGGAGGUGCUUUUUGACCAGAUUUUGAUGGGACAAGUGGACUUUCCUUCUCCAUACUGGGAUAAUGUUUCUGAUUCUGCGAAGGAGCUUAUCACCAUGAUGCUGUUGGUCAAUGUUGAUCAGCGAUUUUCAGCCAUGCAGGUCCUUGAGCAUCCCUGGGUAAAUGAUGACGGCCUCCCAGAAAAUGAACAUCAGCUGUCAGUAGCUGGAAAGAUAAAGAAGCAUUUCAACACAGGCCCGAAGCCGAAUAGCACAGCAGCUGGAGUUUCUGUCAUAGCACUGGACCACGGGUUUACCAUCAAGAGAUCAGGGUCUUUGGACUACUACCAACAACCAGGAAUGUAUUGGAUAAGACCACCGCUCUUGAUAAGGAGAGGCAGGUUUUCCGACGAAGAUGCAACCAGGAUGUGAGGAGCCGAUACAAGGCACAGCCAGCUCCGCCUGAACUCAACUCGGAAUCCGAAGACUAUUCCCCAAGCUCAUCAGAAACUGUUCGCUCCCCAAACUCACCCUUUUAAUAAGACCCUUUUACUCGAAGUCCUAGCCUAACCCUUUGAGACUCUGAUUUUUUCCCCAAAUUAUGUAAAACAGUUUCAUCUGAUCUAUCUAGCACUUAGAAACAGAAAGUGUGUUUUCUGGUACCUUUGUAGUAAUUUCCCUUUGCUGAAUAAGAUAUGUUGUUUGUAAAGAUGGCAACUUGCUGCUAAUAGGAUCCUCAAAGGGUUAAGUCUACUUUGCAACUUUUUAAAAUUUAAAAGCAAUGAAUAUUUUCAUCAAUCAAACUAGGAUCUGCAGUGUGUAAUAAGCACAUGUUAACCCUCUGAGUGCAUGGUUUUUGGAGACCCCUUGGGGAAUUUUCCAGGCCUUUGGAUUUAUAGACACAUUUCUUGAUUUUGCUGCAGAUCUAGGGGUGUUUUUAGAUGCCAUAAUAUCCAGAAAAGAAAGGCACCUAGAAUGAUAUCUUGCUUUUCCUUUUCUAUAGGUUUAGAUCAUGGCCGUUUUAUAACUUAGGCAUAAACACCCCUCUUUCUUCUUUACAGUCCUAUUAAGAAAGAGACUUUUCUCAUUAGAGGUAUGACUUUCAGCUGCUAUGAGUUCUGCAUCCCAAGUGGAGGAAAUUGGUCCUGUGGCAAACAGCCUGACCCACAAAAGAGAUGGUACCCCCCUCCCCCAAAAUUAUCUCCAUAUGAAGAUGUGCUGAUAUCACUCCAGAAAUGCUGCUUCCACAUCAGCUGCUGCUAGUGCCAGCGCAGACCCUCGGGAAGGCACACACAUACCUUGUCUUGUGCUUGGUGAGGGAGGGUCUGCCUGCCCAGUAUGAGCCAUCUACAGGACAAAAAAAACCAAAAAACCAAACCAAACAAAAAAAAAACUGGUAGAAAAGAGCAAUAAAUUGCCAGGUGCUCUAUAGGACUGGAAUUUCAAACAGAAAGAGGAAACAAGAUCCUGGUCUUUUUUCUCACCUGCUUUUCCAUGCACUGCUGUCUUCAGUGUGAAAUCCAUAGAAUAUCAAAUCCAUACACAGGAGUGCUGGAGCACAGGGAUCUAGAGGCAAAGUGUUUUGCAAGGUGGCCAAGGAGAAAGCACAGUCAGAAAACAAUCUAGAAUAUUUUUAAAAUGGGUUUUAAGGAAAUAAAACACUGAUAAGAUCAUUUCCUGUGUACCUUUACAUUUCCUACAUAUGAUCUUCCAGGAAGAACAGGAUAGGAGAACUGGAAGAUACCACUGAGGAUGAAACUUCCAUUCCCUAAGGUGCCCUUUUUACACGCCGCUGUCUUUAGCUAUCUAGAGGGGCAUGUUAUUUUUCUCUCUAUGGGUCAAGUCCUGUCUGACACCUGAAUUGUCACUCCUGUGACAAAACCUUGAUCCCUAGCCCUGUAUCUCCAUUGAGUUUCUUCUGGAAUGUGUCACAUUUCAGAAUGGGGGCCUCCUGUGCUUUACUGUGAUGCUUAGAGAAAAGGCUAGCCAUGGUGUCUGGGAGACAGGGACCCAACUCAAAUGUCCUCCUAAGGUUUGCUCAGUUUUGAGAUGCAGGAGACAACCAAAGAGUGAGGUCUCAUAAAAUUUGCAUAUGUAAAGCUGAACAGCACUUACUGUCUCUGUUUUGAAUAUAUUUCAAUAUCUGAAGGUCUUUGACAUUUCUUUAUUUUCAAAUACACAUUUGUCUUCAAUUGCUGCUUUUACUCUUUAACUCAUAAACUAUGCCCUAUGUUAAUAUAGAGUUUAAGGUCCUACCAUGUCAUGAUUUUUACAACGUAGUUCCCUCAAUUUUUUGCUCUUCUACAUUUAGGUUUAUUUCUUUAGUCUGUGUUGUCCUGACAUGUAAGCAGUAGAUUAUUUAUUAAAAGUUGUCCCCCUUUUAGAGAGUCCUGAAAUGAUACCAUACAAUAUCACAGAGUAGCACAAUUCAGUCAAGGUUGCGGUGAGGGCAGAAUACCAGGAAAGGUGCUGGUUGGUGUGUAGAAAGAUUCCACAUCAGUGAAGUACCCAGAACUGUUCAGAAAUACUUCUUUGUCUAGAACUAUAAAGCAAAGCACUAUUCUAAGUAACACUGGAAUAGCCAUAUAACUUGGCCUCAACUCUAAAUGUGUGACUAUGAAGAAUCUUAUGAGCAGAGACCUACCUACAAAAGAUUGUCACUUUCCUUUCUCUGAAUUACUGCUUUUCCCGUGGACAUUACAUGUAUUGGUACAGCAUUUAGUGUACAGAACUUAUAGUGCAUGGCUCAGCCUUUUUCCAUCCAAGUCUUGGGAGACUGUGGACCAUGUGAAGCUGGGGAGUGUUUCGCAACCACUUCAGAGAGCAGCUCGGAAGAAUAUAGGACCCAUUCAGCAUGGAGAGCCCAACGCAUUGCUGUCGAAUUUGUGAUUUAUGCUGAGUAAACAGUGUAUGUGAUAUGUCAAGUAGAAAUGUUUAGUAAUCAGAUGGAAUGCAAUCUUUUCAGCAUCAAGCUGUCAAGAUCCUGAAUAUCAGAAGUGUACGCAAAGGGUUAACAGACAAGCACAAGGCAUGCUGAUUACAUUGGUAUAUUCAGACUGCUUUGCUUUUAGCCAAUGCUUUCUAAUUUUUUUUUCAUGACAUUCUUGGGAUAGUUCAAGUUUGAAUUCAUUAAGUGAUAGUGUUCUUUAAGUAAUUUCUAUAACCAAAUUGAUCUUUUUUUUCACUUCAUCAUCAAAUAAAUAUGUACCAUUAUGGGAGUGUACUUCUGUAAUUAUCAUUUUAAUCAUUGCCAUAAGUGUUUCCAUAUUUUUUUCUAAGUAUUUAAUAUAGCUCUUAUGGUGUUAGUAUGGUGAUGGGGACUGUCUUUCCUUUAUUAAUACAUAAUCAACCAUAUAGUAUUUUCAAGAAAAUUUUAAGAUUCAACUUUUCAGUUCAUUAGUAGACUAGUUAAGAAAGAACACUUCCAUUACUUGCAUUGUGUAAAUCAUCUCUGUAGAUGAUAACUGUUCAUAUUGAUGAAUACUUUUUUGCAACAUUGUAGCAGAAAUCACUUUAUUCUUCACAAUCAAUGAAUAUGUGGUUUUCUCCAAAUCGUUAGAAGGAAAAGUAAGAUUUCAGUCAUUAAAAAUGUUUUUACAAUAGCCCUCAUCUAACUUACACAUGGUGCAUAUUAAAAUAAGCAGAGAAAAAAUGCAAAUAAACUACUGAAAAUGC